UCUCCGUCCCAAGCCAGCCCCCCAGCGCACAUGCCUUUUCUGGCCCUUGAAGGGGUUAAAGGCCUCCCGGAGUCAAAAACAAGCAGGUGUCCCACCGUGCCAGAUACGCUGCUGCGGAAACUGCUUCCAGCUUUCCCCCUUCUGCACUAAGUCUGCGCUCGGCCAGGGACAGAGGCGCCGCGGCCCGCCGGGGGUGACAGCGUCAGGUUAGCUGGCUCCCAGUCGGGUGGCGCGCCCAGGAUAUAAACCCGGGCUCGGCCCCCGCGGCGGCCCGGUCCCUGCACGCUGAGGAGGCCGGGUCGCCUUCCCUGGGAGACCUUUCUUUCAUCUGCAGCUGCUCUGCUCAGCUGCUCUGGGAGCAGCCUCAGCAGCCCUGCAGCGGCCCUAGCCUUAGCGGGGAGACCUGCGGGGUGAGGAGGGCAGGUGUCCCGGCCCCAGGAGGAGGAGAAGGAAGAGGAGGGGACUGUGGGUCCCAACCCCUGUGUCCUCUCAGGGGAGGCUUCUGGCCACCGCUGAUCAUCUGGACCAUGGGGGUCCUGGGAUGCCACCCAUUCUGGUCCCACUGCGGGCUGCGGCUCCUGCUGCUGCUACUUGGGGUGCUCCUGCCAGGCCUGGCACUGCCACCCAUCCGCUAUUCCCACGCGGGCAUCUGCCCCAACGACAUGAACCCCAACCUCUGGGUGGAUGCGCAGAGCACCUGCAAGCGGGAGUGCGAGGCGGACCAGGAGUGUGAGACCUAUGAGAAAUGCUGCCCCAACGUGUGCGGGACCAGGAGCUGCGUGGCGGCCCGCUACAUGGAUGUGCGGGGCAGGAAGGGCCCAGUGGGGAUGCCCAAGGAGGCCACGUGCGACCACUUCAUGUGCCCGCAGCAGGGUUCAGAAUGCGACAUCUGGGACGGGCAGCCCGUGUGCAAGUGCAAAGACCGCUGCGAGAAGGAGCCCAGCUUCACCUGCGCCUCGGAUGGCCUCACCUACUACAACCGCUGCUACAUGGACGCGGAGGCCUGCUCCAAGGGCAUCACGCUGGCCGUCGUCACCUGCCGCUACCACUUCACCUGGCCCAACACCAGCCCCCCACCACCGGAGACCACCGUGCACCCCACCACGGCCUCCCCGGAGACCCCUGGGCUAGACCUGGCGGCCCCGGCCCUGCUCAACCACCCGGCGCACCAGUCAGUGACCGUGGGCGAGACGGUGAGCUUCCUGUGCGACGUGGCGGGCCGGCCACGGCCCGAGAUCACCUGGGAGAAGCAGCUGGAGGACAGGGAGAAUGUGGUCAUGGGGCCCAACCACGUGCGGGGCAAUGUGGUGGUCACCAACAUCGCGCAGCUGGUCAUCUACAACGCGCAGCCCCAGGACGCCGGCAUCUACACCUGCACCGCCCGGAACACCGCCGGGGUCCUGCGAGCCGACUUCCCACUGUCGGUGGUCAGGGGCAGCCCGGCGGCCGCCCCGUCUGAGAGCAGUGGCCCCAACGGCACAGCCUUCCCGGCGGCCGAGUGCCUGAAGCCACCCGACAGCGAAGACUGCGGUGAGGAGCAGACGCGCUGGCACUUCGACCCCCAGACCAACAGCUGCCUGACCUUCACCUUCGGCCACUGCCACCGCAACCUGAACCACUUCGAGACCUACGAGGCGUGCGCGCUGGCCUGCAUGCGGGGCCCGCUGGCCGUGUGCAGCCUGCCCGCCCUGCAGGGCCCCUGCAGGGCCUACGCGCCGCGCUGGGCCUACAACAGCCAGACCGGCCAGUGCCAGUCCUUUGUGUACGGCGGCUGCGAUGGCAACGGGAACAACUUCCAGAGCCGCGAGGCCUGCGAGGAGUCCUGCCCCUUCCCCCGGGGGAACCAGCGCUGUCCCCCCUGCAAGCCGCGCCAGAAACUGGUCACCAGCUUCUGCCGCAGCGACUUCGUCAUCCUGGGCCGGGUCUCGGAGUUGACCGAGGAGCCUGACAUGGGCCGCGCCCUGGUGACCGUGGACGAGGUCCUCAAGGACGAGAAGAUGGGCCUCAAGUUCCUGGGCCGGGAGCCGCUGGAGGUCACCCUGCUGCAGGUCGACUGGGCCUGCCCGUGCCCCAACGUGACGGUGGGCGACACGCCACUGAUCAUCAUGGGCGAGGUGGAGGGCGGCAUGGCCAUGCUGCGGCCUGACAGCUUCGUGGGCCCCUCGGGUGCCCGGCGGGUCAGGAAGCUCCGCGAGGUCUUGCACAAGAAGACUUGUGACGUCCUCAAGGAGUUCCCGGGCCUGCACUGAGGCCGCCACCGGCCCCGCCUCUCCCACCCCACCACCCUGCACGCCCAGGGUCACAGACCCGGGGAGAUCGGAUGAGACAGCUGCAGGCCUCAGGGACACUGGUCCACCAAGGGGCUGGGAACCACCUUUAGUCUGUGGGGUCAGUGUUUCUUUUCCAGCUGAGGGGGACACAGGAGAAGUCACCAGACACUUGAGGGCUGCUGCUGACCACCAGGCCUCUGCCUCCCCGGCUCCCCAGCCUGGGCUCCAGAGAUGGCUGGCUGGCUGGCCGGGAGCAGAGGACUCGGGCCACAGCGGGGCUUGGCUUAUGGGAGGGACGCGGUGCCCACCACCUCCUGGCUGCCUGAGCAGGGGCUGUGCAGGUCAGGGGAUGAAUACUUCCUGGGUGCCGCUGGGCAGGGGGACAUUGGAGAGCUGUCACUGCCCAGCUCCCUAAGCCUGCAACAGAGCCCUGGUCCCCAGGUUUCCCUGGGCCGCGGAACCAUCGGGUGGGUGAUGGGCUUGCAAGGGUGGGAGGCGACCCCAGUCGGUACCGGAGGGCUAGAGGGAGGGGUAAUGGAGGAAUCGCAGCCCGGGGAUGGAAGGAGGAAGGCUGCUCUCUGCUUCCACCUGGCGGCCGCGCUGCAGCGCAGCAACCUGGGAGGAGGUGCAGGUGGGGCUCAGCCGCACAGCAAAGGGGCCAGCAGCCUCCUGGUGGCUUCUUUUGUGUUUCCAAACUCUUGCGUGGGCCUCUCAGCAGAGGAUUUGGGAAUUCCUGUCAACUCGGUAUCUGACCCAAAAUACGCUCCCCAGCCCUUUGCCCCAUCCAGCACCCCCAGAGCUCAGGAAGGCCACAGUUUGGCGCUCCUCACCCCCCCCCCUUCCUCAGUGUAAGGAGGAAGCUGCUCAUUAAAAGCUCCAGCAUCAAUG